UGUGUGUGUGAGGAAGAGGGGGAUCGAGAGUGUGUGUGUGCGAGGGAGAAAGAAAAAUAAUCUUUUCAAAUCUCCUCCCUCUUUUCUUCCCCCCUCGUUUCUUUGCUUUUCUCUAAAGCUCUCUGGUCUGUGAAGCACUUUUUCCCUUUCCUCCUCCUCGGGAAAAUGGAGACGCUCCGUCUUCUCUCUCUCCUGGGCGUGAGGCUGCCAAGGAUUUUUCUUUUUCUUUUGCGUUCCUCGUUGGAUUUGCUCUCAUCGACCACCUCUUAUCAUCUUGUCAUAAUUUUCCGCUAUAUCUUUUUAGCAUGGGCUGCGCUUUUUUGGUUUUUUUACGGGGAUUCCCAAUUCGUUUCGUUUAUAUGGUUUCCCCCCCUUCUUUUGUUAUUCGGUGUUUUUCUUUUUCUUGUCUCCUCCGGUAUCGCGUUUAAAGGAAUGGAAAUGGUGAUUGUUUCUGUGUAUGUGAUUCUACGUCGGUAGGAUUAAAGAGGGUGGGGAGGGGGAAGAAAAAAGAAACCUUAAUAGUAGGCUGUAAUACACGUUUUUUAAAACGGCAAGAAUAAUAAAUAUUCUACAUCUGUAAUAACGCCUUCGUUUUUGUCUUUCGAUGAACGUGAGCUUGUUAACUGCCGCCGGAUUAGUCUUCCAACAAAGUACUUUUUUGUGGUUAAUUGAUUUUCAGUUAUGGUUACAUUAUAAUAGGGGGGGAUGGGGGAAGAGAAAGCCUUAGUUAAAAGACUGGCUUGAAAAAUCUCUGAAAUGUUGGAUCAUUUUUGAGUUGUCAUGGAUGAUGACGAUGAUGAAUCCUGUCUCUUUGAUCUUAUUGGAGAUGCACAGGCACUGAAUUAUUUCCUCCAUGGAGCAGGCAGUAAACCUAACAGUGAAGACUUGACUAAUGCAGGAUAUUCUGCAGCCAACUCAAAUUCCAUAUUCGCCAAUAUCAGUAGUUCUGAUCCUAAGUCAUCAAUCAAAGGUGUCGGUAGUCAGCUUGGAGAAGGGCCUAGUGAUGGACUACAGUUGCCAAGUAGCCUUCAGUUUCUUGAUGAUGAACUUGAAUCUUCUUCCUUGCCUGAUCUUAGUGAAGAUCAGCCUUUUGAUAUCCUCCAGAAAUCUUUGCAGGAAGCUAAUAUUACCGAACAGACUUUGGCAGAAGAGGCUUAUCUGGAUGCCAACAUAGGCCCUAACCAACAGUUUGCACAAGCUCAGCUUCAUCCUUCCUCAUCAGCAUCUUUUACUCAGGCUUCUAAUGUUUCUAAUUACUCAGGUCAGACGCUGCAACCUAUAGGAGUUACUCAAGUGGUACAGCAACCAGUUGGAGCAUCUUUUGCAAGCAAUACAGUUGGUGUGCAACAUGGCUUUAUGCAACAUGUGGGGAUCAGUGUUCCUAGCCAGCAUUUGUCAAACAGUAGUCAAGUUGGUGGUUCAGGACAGAUACAAUUAAUUGGUUCAUUUAGUAAUCAACCUUCCAUGAUGACCAUCAAUAAUCUUGAAGGGUCUCAUAUUAUUUUGAAGGGUGGUGGGCAGCAAGCACCUGGAAACAUGAGUGGUGGUCUCUUGGUUCAUAGACAAACACCUAAUGGUAACUCAUUGUUUGGCAACUCAAAUUCCAGUCCAGUAGCACAACCUGUAACUGUUCCAUUUAAUAGUACAAAUUUUCAGACAUCUUUGCCUGUGCAUAACAUCAUUAUACAGAGAGGUCUUGCUCCAAAUUCUAACAAGGUUCCCAUCAAUAUCCAGCCAAAGCCUAUUCAGAUGGGCCAGCAAACUACCUACAAUGUGAAUAGCUUGGGAAUACAGCAGCAUCAUGUGCAACAAGGGAUUCCUUUUGCUUCGUCAAACUCCCCUCAGAAUUCAGUAGUUGGUCCACAUAUGUCUGUUAAUAUUGUUAGUCAUCAAAAUGCAAGAAAAGCAGUUACCUCUCAAGCCGUAAGUAACGCCAGUGGUAGUAUUGUGAUCCAUUCUCCUAUGGGACAGCCUCAUGCACCUCAGAAUCAGUUUCUUAUACCCACAAGUCUGUCGGUAAAUCCUAAUUCGGUUCACCAUGUCCAGACCAUAAAUGGACAACUUCUUCAAAAUCAGCCUUCCCAGCUUGUUUCUGGCCAAGUAUCCACUGAGCAUGUUAUGCUAAACAGGAAUUCUACGAACAUGCUUAGAACUAACCAGUCAUAUUCAGGACAGAUGCUGAAUAAUCAGAAUGCUUCUGUACAGCUAGUUUCUGGUCAGACAUUUGCAGCUCCUGGAAGCCAAGUUAUAGUGAACCAUGGGACUUCUCAAAUUGUUAGUGGCCAGGUUCCACUACAACAGGGAUCGUCUGCUGUGUUGCAUUUAUCCCCCAGCCAAGGAAACAUUUCCCAAGGUAGAACAGGCUUUACCACAAUGUCUCCUGGACAGUCAACAGGUUCGAGUAUCUCAUCAAGCAACCGGUUUACAGUUGUAAGUUCUGCUGCUACAGUGCAUCCCAACAUUGGUCCAUCAGCCCAGACUGUUGCUUCCGGAGGAAAUUUUGCUGGAGAUCAACUUACACAGCAAAACAGAACACAAUUGUCAGUUACUGUCUCACAUCGUCUUCCAGUUUCUUCUUCCAAAUCAGUCAACACCUUUAGUCACACAUCGGCAUCCCAGCCCCAGUUUUCCUUUGGCCAGACUCAAAAAAAAGUUACCAAUUUGGUGUCUUCAGUUUCAACGUCAAAGUCACAGGAUAAUCUAAGACCACCUCAACUAACAAGUCUUUUAGGACAAGAUACCGGGGGUAAAAUCAUACAGCAGCCUAUAGGCACAGCACUGACACACCAGGAAAAAGCAGUAGGAUCAUCUUCUGCCCAAACAAAUGUACAGGUCGAUGGCCAUACAAUUGGACAAAAGAGGCCUGCUGCUAAACAACUAACAAAAGGAGCCUUUAUUCUACAGCAGCUACAGAAGGACCAGGCACAUGCUGUGACUCCUGAUAAAACUCAGUUCAGAUCUUUAAAUGAUGCAGUCCAGAGACUCCUCUCAUAUCAUGUGUGCCAGGGAUCACUGCCAACAGAAGAGGAUUUAAGAAAAGUGGAUAAUGAAUUUGAAUCUGUAGCCACACAGCUCCUGAAAAGAACACAGGCAAUGUUAAAUAAAUACAGAUGUCUGCUCUUGGAAGAUGCUAUGAGGAUAAAUCCUUCUGCAGAAAUGGUCAUGAUUGACAGGAUGUUUAACCAGGAAGAAAGGCAAACUCUUUCCCGGGAUAAACGCCUUGCAAUAGUAGAUCCUGAUGGUUUUCUAGCAGACUUUUGUUGUCCAUCCACACAAAUUGACAAGAUCGCUGAUGAAACACAGCCAGCUGAAAGUGAUCAUCAAUCUAACAAAUCUUCAACGUCUCAAAACCAGACUGCUAAUACCCAAAUCAAAGACAGAUCAAGUUCAAGCACAGCAGAGUCUUUAAAUCACAGCAAACUUCAAGUAGUGCCUAACAAUAUUAUGAGUUCGCAACAAGGAAACAGUUCUGUUAAAAAAUCAGAAAGCCUUGCAAAAGCUUUAAAAUUUGAGAAAACAAGCUCCUCUCCUGAAAGCCAACAUAUGGCUGAUUCAGAACAAAAAAUCGCUGGCAAAAAUCCAGGAAAGUCAAAUGAAAACUCUUUAGGUUCUGAAGAUCAUUCGUCAAAAACCUUAUCAAGUGUAGAUCAUGGUAUGCAUAAUAAAACAUGUCGGAACACAGUUGAUUCUCACUCAGAGACAACAUAUAAUCAUUCCCUCCAAGACAAAACUCCUCGGAGUUCUCCAAAGAAUGAGGAUUUGCAUCCAGACAAUUUGAAAGGUUCUGGGGAACCCCAAAAGGAUUUGCUGCUCAAUAAGAGUUUAGAGACUACAUUCAAAAACAUAUUGGAACUGAAAAAGACUGGGAGGCAGCCACAGAGCGAAGCAACCGGCAGUGGCUCCCUAGAAUUAGAAUAUCCAAACUUUUCGCUUAUUUCUUCACAAGAAAACUGCCUGGAGAAAUUUAUUCCAGACCACAGUGAAGGUGUUGUAGAAACAGACUCUCUUUUAGAAGCUGCUGUAAAUAGUAUCUUAGAGUGUUAAUAGUUACAGUACCAUGGACAUAUUUCUCUUAGAAGUAAAUGUGAAUGACACCACAAGAACAGCCUGACAAAUGUCAAAGGUUACCCUUUCUAAAGUAGAUUCUGUUUUGUGUUUGAAAGCAAUACUCAUUGUGGUUACAGUGAGGUGUCCAGUAAUGUAAAACCUUGAGAGAAAGCUGUCUGGUAGGGCCUACACAUUAUGAUACAGCUUUGCUGAUCGUUUUAACAUUGCAGUUUAAUGAAACUGCAGUUCACUAGGCCCUAAGUUAACAAGGUAAUAUGCUGACAAUCACAGUCUAGUAACAGGUUUCUUAAAUAAAAUGUUAGGAAUGUUGCAUUUAAUAGGAAAAUAUCCAUUGCCUCCGCCCACUAUCACUUGAUUUUGAUAUUUAAUAAUUGGGGCUAAAAAAAUUCCCCAGUACCUCUGUUUAGAAAUGCCUAUCUCUUGAGGUUUGGAACAGAGAGAGAGGAAUUGGAAGGAGAGAAAAUGGCGCCAGUGUUUACAGGGCUUUAAACUUUUAAAGUGCUUUUCUAUGCUCAGUGAGCAGAAACAAGUAUCUUACAUAGGAAUUUGCUGUAUUGAAUUACACUGUAUAGUUUUUGUCACUUUCAGCACUGCGUAAAACAAUACAUGCUAGUCUAAGAAGCUAGUAGAUGGAAAAUUGUAUACAAAGAGGCUAUAAUAUAGCCAUAAAAUUCUGUAUAGACACACACAAAUGUAUAUAUAUAAAAACACACACACACACACACACACACACACACACACACACACACUAGUUUCAUCAAGAAGAGCUUUUUCAUUUUCUAAUUGGAUAUAGUCAAACUUAAUCUUUCUGAUGUGGUAUAAUUUUUUCUAGACCAAGUGUCAAAAGCACUUUUAUUUGGAAAUCAUUGUAGUAGUUUAUACUUUAAGGAGAUAAUAGCCUUAACCUGAACAAUUUAAAGGCCAGUGUUUGCUAUUUGCUUAUUUCUGCUUCUUGCUGUUCAAGAAUGUCUGUCAUCUGUAGCAGCAGUUAUAGUUACCAAAAUAUGUACAAACCAAAGUUAAUUUUCUAUCCCAUUAAAAAAUUAUAGGUUGAAUUUAGAAUUUGCCGUCCUCAAAUUUGGACUUUGCCUUCUGUUCAUGGAGGGCUUUUAAUCCAGUGGAGGAGCCUGAUGGCGGAGGAGGCUGCAACUUUUGCAGAUUCUUCUUUCCUCCUACAAUGCUCAGUACCAUUUCCCAAAUUGUUCAAACGGGUUUCCCAACCCGCAUCUGGAGUGGAUUUUCAUAGGGCUGCAGGGGAAGGGAUAAUUAGGAAAUGUCACUUCUUCCUCAUCAACCAACGGGAGAGUCCCUGAAUCCAAGCCUAUCUCUAAAGGCAUUUAAUACAUAAUCUAGAGCCAAAGGAACCCCUUGCAUGUUUGCAUUUGGCUAGUUGUCAUCAUGACAAUAUAAUUAUUUAUUAUUUUAACCCAUGGCAUUUCCCCAUUCUUCCUGUGUGUUUUAGAAAUUAUUCUACCACCAUCACCAGUGCUGCUAGGUAAAUUGCUUUUGUGCCACUAGUAAGAGGGAUGUGGCAUGUAUGCCUACUAAAA